AUGUCUAGUGCAGAGGAGUCAAACAAGGAGUCCUCCAAUAACUUGGAGAAACAACGGACCGCUACGUCGUCGUCUGACGAGCAUUCCAUCCAUGAGUAUACUGGAUUUGGCGCCCAAGAUGUUCAGCAAUUGGCAAAAACGUUAACCAAUGAGGACACCAGCUCAGCAGCGAGCUUGAAAAGGUAUCUUACACAUAUGUCCCAGGUGCCUGGUGUAAACUUACUCGCUGAGGAAGAGCAAGAUGAAAGAUUAGAUCCAAACUCCACUAAUUUCGAUUCCAAGUUUUGGGUAAAGAACUUGAAGAAAUUGUUUGACACGCAACCUGACUACUACAAGCCUUCCAGGUUGGGUGUAGGCUACAGAAACUUGAGAGCUUAUGGAAUUGCAAACGACACCGACUACCAGCCAACAGUCACAAAUGCCCUUUGGAAGUACGCCACAGAAGGUUUAGACUACGUAAGAAAAAUGGACGACUCAAAGAUGUUUGACAUUUUGAAACAUAUGGAUGCCAUUAUGAGACCAGGCGAGCUUACUGUUGUCUUGGGUAGACCAGGUGCUGGUUGUUCCACCUUGUUGAAAACCAUUGCCGUUAACACAUAUGGUUUCCACAUUGGCAAAGAGUCAAAGAUAACUUACGAUGGAUUAACGCCAAAAGAGAUUUCAAAACACUAUCGUGGAGAUGUUAUCUACUCUGCAGAAACAGAUGUUCAUUUCCCACACUUGUCAGUUGGAGAUACAUUGCAGUUUGCAGCUAGAAUGAGAACACCAAAAAACAGAGGUGAGAAUGUGGACCGAGAAAAGUAUGCCGAACACAUGGCCGAUGUGUAUAUGGCAAUGUAUGGUCUUUUACACACAAAGAACACCAACGUUGGUAACGAUUUUGUUAGAGGUGUUUCCGGGGGUGAACGUAAAAGAGUGUCCAUUGCAGAGGCCUCAUUGAAUGGUGCAAAUAUUCAGUGCUGGGAUAAUGCCACUAGAGGUUUGGACUCUGCCACAGCAUUGGAGUUUAUCAGGGCAUUAAAGACAUCGGCAGCAAUUUUAGAUACCACCCCAUUGAUUGCCAUCUACCAGUGUUCACAAGACGCUUAUGAUUUGUUUGACAAAGUUGUCGUGUUGUACGAAGGCUACCAAAUUUUCUUUGGCCGCGCCGAAAAAGCCAAAGAAUACUUCCUCAACAUGGGUUGGCAGUGCCCACAGAGACAAACAACCGCCGAUUUCUUGACUUCAUUGUCCAACCCAGCAGAGAGAGUUGCACGUCCAGGUUUUGAAAACAAGGUCCCUCGUACUGCAGAAGAGUUUGAGGCAAGAUGGAAGAACUCACCAGAGUAUGCUGCAUUGAUUAAGGAGAUUGAUGAGUAUUUCGUCGACUGUGAAAAGCUGAACACAAGACAAGUGUACCAUGAGGCACACACAGCAAGACAAGCAGACCACAUACGUCCAGCAUCACCAUACACCGUAUCUUUCCUAAUGCAAGUCAAGUAUUUGAUGUACAGAAACUGGUUGAGAACCAAAGGUGAUCCUUCAAUUUCGUUGUUUAUUGUCUUUGGUCAGUUGGUAAUGAGUCUUAUUUUGUCCUCCAUCUUCUACAAUUUGCCGUCGGAUACUGGUUCCUUUUAUUUCCGUGGAGCCGCGUUGUUUUUUGCCGUGUUGUUCAAUGCAUUCUCCUCGCUUUUGGAGAUCUUGUCACUUUUCGAAUCCAGACCAAUUGUGGAAAAGCAUAAAAAGUAUGCGCUUUACCGACCAUCUGCAGAUGCAUUGGCAAGUAUCGUAACUGAGUUGCCCGUAAAGUUAUUGCUGUCGAUGUCUUUCAACUUUGUUUUCUAUUUUAUGGUCAACCUCAGACGGAACCCCGGAAGAUUCUUUUUCUAUUGGUUGAUGUGUUGGUGGUGUACGUUGGUGAUGUCGCACUUGUUUAGAUCUAUUGGUGCUGUUUCGACAUCGAUUGCGGCGGCCUUCACUCCAGCCACUGUAUUGUUGCUUGCAUUGAUUAUUUUCACUGGUUUCGUCAUCCCUACACCCGAUAUGUUGGGAUGGUCAAGAUGGAUCAAUUAUAUCAACCCUGUUGGAUAUGUGUUUGAAUCACUAAUGGCAAACGAAUUUCACGAUCGCGAUUUCUCGUGUUCAGCUUAUGUACCUGCGGGACCUGCAUAUCAAAAUAUUGGCCAGAACAAUAGGGUAUGUUCAGCAGUGGGAUCAAAGCCGGGAGCCGAUUAUGUUAAUGGUACUGACUACAUCAGACUCGCUUAUCAAUAUUACAAUUCUCACAAGUGGAGAAAUCUUGGUAUCACUAUUGGGUUUGCUGUUUUCUUUUUGUUUGUCUAUAUUUCCCUUACUGAGUUCAACAAGGGUGCUUUGCAAAAAGGUGAGAUUGUUUUGUUUUUGAAAGGUUCAUUGAAGAAGCAAAAGCAAAAAAGAUUGGCUCAGGCCAGGGAUUCCGAAUACGGUGGCAUGCCCAAUCAGAAGGUCUCGCGUGAGGCAGAAGGUGAAGCUGCAAGAUUUGAAAAUGGUGCUAGAGCAGUAACAUCUGCCGAGAUACCUAGCAACAGAGAAAUUUUCUUCUGGAAGGAUUUGACAUACCAGGUUAAAAUCAAGAAGGAAGAUAGGGUCAUUUUGGAUCAUGUUGAUGGAUGGGUCAAGCCCGGGCAGAUUACUGCUUUGAUGGGGGCCUCGGGUGCUGGGAAAACCACCUUGUUGAAUUGUUUGUCAGAGAGAGUCACAACCGGUGUCAUAACUGAUGGUACACGAUUAGUCAAUGGUCACUCUCUUGACUCCUCAUUCCAAAGAUCGAUUGGUUAUGUCCAACAACAAGACUUGCAUUUGCCCACCUCCACUGUUAGAGAAGCAUUACAGUUCUCUGCCUACUUGAGACAGUCCAACAAGAUCUCCAAGAAAGAUAAGGACGCAUAUGUUGAUUACAUCAUUGACUUGUUGGAGAUGACUGAUUACGCCGAUGCAUUGGUAGGUGUUGCUGGAGAAGGUUUGAAUGUUGAACAGAGGAAACGUUUGACCAUUGGGGUUGAAUUGGUUGCCAAGCCCAAAUUGUUGUUGUUCCUUGAUGAGCCUACCUCGGGGUUGGAUUCGCAAACUGCUUGGUCCAUUUGUAAAUUGAUGAGAAAGUUAGCGGACAAUGGACAAGCAAUUUUAUGUACCAUCCAUCAACCUUCUGCAUUGUUGUUGCAAGAGUUUGAUCGUUUGUUGUUUUUGCAAAGAGGAGGAAAAACUGUGUACUUUGGGGACUUGGGAGAAAAUUUCCAAACAUUGAUUGACUAUUUUGAAAGGAAUGGUGCUGAUCCAUGUCCGGCAGAAGCCAAUCCUGCAGAAUGGAUGUUGCAAGUUGUUGGAGCUGCUCCUGGAUCGCAUGCCAAACAUGACUACUUUGAAGUUUGGAGGAAUUCACAAGAGUACCAAGAUGUAAGAAAGGAAAUUGCCACAAUGGAAACUGAAUUGUCCAAGUUGCCUAGAGAUGAAGACCCCGAAACAAAGUACUCUUACGCAGCACCAUUAUGGAAACAAUACUUGUUAGUUACUUGGAGGGUUAUUGUUCAAGAUUGGAGAAGUCCCGGAUACAUAUACGCAAAGGCAUUCUUGGUUAUCUCAUCGGCUUUGUUCAACGGAUUCUCAUUCUUCAAAGCAAAGAAAACAAUACAAGGAUUACAAAACCAGAUGUUUUCAGUGUUUAUGUUUUUCAUCCCAUUCAACACCAUGGUGGAACAAUUGCUCCCACAAUAUGUGAAGCAAAGAGACGUUUAUGAAGUUCGAGAAGCACCGUCAAGAACAUUCAGCUGGUUUGCUUUCAUUACGGCUCAGCUCACAGCGGAAAUGCCUUACCAAAUUGCAGUAGGUACGAUUGCAUUCUUUUGCUGGUACUACCCUGUUGGACUUUACGCAAAUGCCGAGCCGACUCAUGCUGUUAACCAAAGAGGUGUUUUGAUGUGGCUCUUUAUCAACUCCUUCUAUGUCUACACCAGUACCAUGGGUCUUUUGUGUAUUUCAUUCGUUGAGCUUGCCGAAAACGCAGCAAAUCUUGCAAACCUUUUGUUUACCUUGUGUUUGGCAUUUUGUGGUGUUUUAGUUACUGGUCCUGACUUGCCUGGCUUUUGGAUAUUCAUGUACCGCUGUAAUCCAUUCACCUAUUUGGUGCAAGGUAUGCUUGGUACGGGAUUGGCAAACACCUCAGUGGAGUGCAGUGAUACAGAGUUAUCAACAAUCGAACCACCCAGUGGGCAGUCUUGUUCUUCAUACAUGCAAUCAUAUUUGCAAACUGCAGGCGGGUACAUCGAUGAGACUAAUGGGUGCCAUUAUUGUUCAAUAAAGUCGACCAAUACUUAUUUGGACUCAAUUAGUGCGAAAUAUAGUCAGAGAUGGAGGAAUUUCGGACUCGUUAUUUGUUUCAUUGCUGCAAACAUUGUCCUCACGUGUGCCCUUUAUUGGUUGGCCAGAGUCCCCAAAGGAAACAGAGAAAAGGGAAACAAGAAUAAAGAGAGGAAGGAGAAGGAGAAGGAGAAGGAGAAGGAGAAGGAGAAGAAGUGA